AUGCACACGACCCUGACGUCCCCGCUCGCUUCUCUCCCAGCCGACAUCCUCCUCGAGAUUGCGGCCUAUCUCAACUCAACCAGCGACGUCUUUCACCUCUCCAUCUCCUCCACCCUGCUCUUCGCUAACUUAUAUUCUGCCCUCUACGCCUACGUCCAUCUCAACUCCGUCACCCAAUGUACCUCCACAUUAGCCAUGCUUUGUCGCCGUCCAGACAUUGCCCGACAUGUCCGCAAACUCUUCAUCUCCCUCGGCCAUGAAUCUUCAACGGGACAAAUUGGCCUCAUAGACGGCUACAACGUUUCAUCCCACUUGAUCAAAGCCGCUCGCACACUUGAUGCACUCAACACUUUUGUCUGGGACGGCGACGAAAUCCCUCCAUACGACGAUGUCUGGUGGGCCCUCCGUAACAACUGCCCACAAUUGCGAACCAUUGGUGCAUCGUACGGUACCUUAUUACCGGAUCCUCACAGUCAUCUUUACGACUUUUCUGGGCUAAUUGGUUUCUCUCUCAUAUCAAAACAUGGCAUGUAUCAUGCACUUGAAACCAUGUCCUCCGAAAGUCGCCUGUGGACCAUGCUCAUCAAGCGGUGCCCGGACCUUGAAGAGCUGUACAUUGAUGGUGCAUCUUUCGAUCCCGGCACGGUCCAUCCUCUCUGCCACGGUCGUUGGCCUAGACUUCGUCGACUCGGGGUCGGCGAUAUUGUGUUGGACUGGCACCGUCUGCGCAACAACGACACGAAGCGCCCUUUCAUCGAGUUCUUGGAAGCCCACCCCCAGCUCCGUUCGUUGCGUACCUCGAGGCAUGCCCUCAACCCGGCCCACAUGUCUGACCUAGACAUCGAUGCACUUCCCCAUCUUGAGGAAUUCACGGGUUCUUUAGAGCAUCUUCAGGUGAUAGCCGCGGCCCACCCUGAUAUCAAGCAUGUCACCUUCAACGAGCCAAUGAUCAUACGGGAUCUUGCCCCUAUGGUUAUCGUGAACGUGCUGCAGAACCUGCAUUCACUCAACACCUUGGACAUCUCCUUCGCCUUCCAUUCGACGUAUGAAAGUGGCAGCUUGGUUAGGUCGCUGGUGGGGGCCUGCCCCAAUCUUGUGAACUUCUCUUUGACGUGUGCACGCAAGCCCUCGUUACAACUGGAGAACUUCUCCAAAGCCAUCCGGCCGCUUAGUCGACUCCGAUGGCUCAACCUCACCCUCGUUCGGCACAACUACGAAGAGCCGCUCCUCACCUGUGCGAUCAACAUUGCCCGCUCCAACCCACGGCUGUCAUACAUCAACAUCAACUUCAUCCCCCCAUGUGUCACCCUGCCCCUCCCGCUUCCCACGUCCUUCACGCACUCCCCGCCCGAGACGCACCUCCCGCCCGAUUUCGUCGAGAGCGGCUCCUACACGCUCUCCACGGACGAACACGGCCUGCCCACCGCACUCGCGUGCGUCGAGCGUCGCGCGACGCUCCCGCUCCUCGGCAUCGACGUCUCGCGCACCGGCUGGCUCGCGCAGGUCGGCGGGCGCAUCCUCGCCGCGCCGCGCACGCGCCGCUUCACCGUCGACCUCCAGCCCAAGAAGCCGUGGCGCGGGUACGGCUCGCUGCUCGUCGAGCGGAGCGCGGCCGGCGAGGAGGUCCGGCUGCUCACCGUGCUCGUCAGCCUCGCCUCGCUGUCGGUCUGGGGAUACGUGGGCUUCGGAAUGGGGUGA